AGGAGUCCAGGAGGCCCAGGAAGCUACUCCCAUCACCCUGGGAAACUGGUCUGACCGGUGCCUGGCUCCCAUCUCGGGCACCGCGAGCUCGGGAGGCUGUGGAGGGGGCGCUGGGGCUGGGCUUCUCGGGCACCGGGAGUCCCACAGAGCCCCUUCAGACAGCGGCCCAGCCCUCUGGCCUCCUGGGGUCCCGCCUGUGGCCUUUGGCAUCUCCGCAGGACCCCGGGGGACUGUUCUCAUGGGGACUCGGAGCUGCUUCCCAAAGGGCCUGCUGCUCUCAGCCUGCCUCCUGGCCCUCUGGCCACCCCACGGCUCCCGGGCAGCCCUCCGGAUCCAGAAGAUUCCAGAACAGCCUCAAAAGAACCAGGACCUUCUGCUGUCCCUCCAGGGUGUCCCCGACAGCUUCCAGGACUUCACCUGGUACCGGGGGGCGGAGGCCCACGGGGGGACGAUGCUCUUCACCUACAUCCCUGGGCUGCAGCGGCCCCAGCGGCCCGGCAGCGCCCUGGGACAGCGCGACAUCGUGGGCUUCCCCAACGGCUCCAUGCUGCUGCGUCGCGCCCAGCCGUCGGACAGCGGCACCUACCAGGUGGCCGUGGCCAUCAACCCCGCCUGGACCAUGAGGGCCAAGACCGAGGUCCGGGUGGCCGAGAAGCCUCAGAAGCUGCCGGCCACGUCCCCGCCCUUGGACGCGGGGCUCCUGGCUGCCACCGUCAUCGGCUGCCUCUCCACUGGGCUCCUGCUGGCCGGCAGCCUGGCCUUCCUCCUGGUGACCCGGGGCUGCAGCGGCCCCAGGGCGACCACCUCAGGGAAGCCGGAGCUGGGCCCCCGCGGCGACACGGGUAAGCUGCCACCUCCCUCCGCCGUCCUCCCCCAUCAGGGCCUCCCUGGGGGCCUGGACUCAGCCCUGAGAAUCCCAGGGCCCCCCCCAAGCUGCUUCUCCUCCUUCUCGGUGGCUGUCCCUCCUGCCAUCAUGCGGGGGAUCCUCAUGGGGAACCCAGGGAGUCAACGGAGGGACGGGCUGGGCUGCUGGGGCGCCGUCACCAGCGGGUCCCCCCCUCCAUCCUCUGCUUCAGGUGACAACAAUGUGUACGGAGUGAUGCCCUCUCCAGUCCUCCUGGCCACCCCACUCGGUAACACGGGGCCCACGAGCGCAGCCUCGCCCCCGACCCUGCCUCUACCCUUGAGGCCCGAGCUGGAGGCCCACCAGUACCAGGACCUUCUGCACCCCGACUCCUCCCCUUACUGCCAGCUCGUGCCCAAGUCCUGAGCGAGGGGAGGGGACAAGGACUGGGCCACCCUCUGGGGACCUGGCACAGACGUCGAGGCCUGGCAGGAUGGGCCCCCAGCACUGGACAGGAGGAGUCGGCCCCAGACCCUGCACCCACCCCAGGCCCCUGGGAGGACCAGGCAGGUCCCCACCUGCCAGAAACUGAACAGAGACUCCUGCUGCUGGAGGCCCGGGGCAGGGGAGAGAGAAACACAAUAAAUAACUGAAUGCCA